UGCGCACGGACCAAUUUCAAAAACCCUUACGGAGAAUGGCUGAACGGAGCACACAUUUAAAUAAGCCGGGUCACGUGACCCCUCUGUGGGCUACAGGAUGUGUAUGGAGCCUUGUCGCCAUUCACAAGCUGGAUGGAGACAAUCACACUGCAGCCUAGAAAAAACACAUCAUCCUUGGUGAGAGCUUGUGUUAAUUCAUGAUAUAAAUGUUCCUAUACAUUGCAUUGGAUAUUUUCUGUCAGUACACUCUCUUUCUAAUGUUUCCUAUUAAGACCAAAGGCUGGAUGUGCUGUAACAUCUUAACACAUCAGCCAUGCCUCUCCACAAUCACAUUGUGAAAGAGGCCUGGACACGGAACAGGAGUCAAGAGGAUGAGGAUUCUGUUUCAGCCCUAGUUCAGAAGCCAAAAAAGAAGAAAGAGGAAACCAACAGCACACCAGAAGCCAAGCCCAUUGCAAAAGAAGCCAAGCCCAAAAAAACAAAGACAAAAAAAAAUGAAGAUGGAUCCGAAGAGGAAAUUCCUGCCAUCCAAAAUGGAAAGAAGGUGAAGAAAAAGAAACCAGAAAAAGAUCAAGAAGAACCAGAAAAGGGAAAAGAAAAGGAGAAAGAGCCAAAAAAGAAAUCCAAAAGUGCUCCAAAAAAGAAAAAAGGUUCAGGCACCGAUAACGACGAUGAUGACGAUGAUGAAGACACCUCCAAAAAGAAGACUAAGAAAAAAACAACAAAAGACAGUUCUCCGUCUUCAACCACUGCCAAAGAAAAGAAAUCUAAAUCAAAAGAGGAAAAAGAUCCUGAUGGAAAAGAAAAAAAAUCCAAGUCAAAGGAGAAGGAGAAGGACAAGAAGAAAGAACCAGCAUCAAUGUUCCAGAUAAACGGAGACAAAGACUCAAAAAGCAAGAAGAAAGCUGCCAAAUCCGACAGUGAUGAGAGUGAAGAGGAGACAAAGUCAACCAAAUCUAAGAAGAAAUCCAGCGCCAGCGCAACAUCCCUCUUCCAAACAUCAUUGGACAAGGACAAAGAUAAAGACAAAGAUAAAGACAAAGACAAAGACAAGAAGACAAAGAAAAAAGCAAAGGCAGAACAGAGUGAUGAUUCUGACUCAGAAAAAGAAGAGAAAUCAAAGAAGAAAAAGGGCAAAGGGAAGAAGAAAAAGGACAGAGCUCCUUCACCAGAGAUUGAGUUUGACAACUUGGAGAAGUUUGUGAUAGAGCCAGCUCCGCAGGGCGUGACGGUGAAAUGCAGAGUGACUCGGGACCAAAGAGGGAUGGACAAGGGCUUCUACCCUCUGUAUUACUUUCACCUUGACAACGAGAAGAAGACAUUCCUGCUGGCUGGGAGGAAAAGGAAGAAAUGUGCAACCUCAAAUUACCUGAUCUCCAUCGAUUCCACAGAUUUAUCGAGAGGUGGAGAGAAUUUUGUUGGAAAGCUGAGGUCUAACCUAAUGGGGACUAAGUUCACUGUCUUUGACAACGCUCUGAAUCCAGACAGAGCUCUUCCAGACAUGUCUAAUGCGCGGCAGGAGAUGGCUGGCAUCGUUUAUGAAACGAAUGUCUUAGGGAUGAAAGGACCCAGAAGAAUGAUGGUUAUCAUUCCAGGGAUGGACAAAAACAACGACCGAGUGCCUCUCCGACCAAGAAGUGAACUUGACGGCUUGUUGAUAAGGCACCAGAAUAGGCGCAUGGACAAUCUGAUUGAACUUCAAAACAAGACGCCUGUGUGGAAUGAAGAUAGUUCGUCCCAUGUGCUCAACUUCAACGGCAGGGUCACCCAGGCCUCCAUCAAGAACUUCCAGAUAGUCCAUAGCAAAGACCUUGACUACAUCGUGAUGCAGUUUGGUCGAAUAGCUGAUGACAUUUUCACGCUGGACUACAACUACCCGAUGUGUGCCUUGCAGGCCUUUGCUAUCGCACUCUCCAGCUUUGAUGGCAAAAUCGCCUGCGAGUAACAGUAGGAUGCCCAGUUCCUACUCACGCAUAAACCAGUACGCAACACACCCACAUCUUCCUACGAUAGGCGACAAUAACGAAUGACAGUUCCUCUAAGUCUAAAGUGACAAUACCUGCUCCUGGUUGUUGCCUUUUAAGGGUGUGUGACUUCCUCCAGGAGUGAGAAACAAAACUUGGUUUGAUAUGAUCCUGUAACCUGGCACUGCAUGGCACAGGAAAGUCUUGUUCUUUUAAUUUUUUUUCAGUGGAUAAGUAUUUCUGUGAAUCACACAAUGAUGACGGCUAUUGGCAUCAUUAUAAGACGUCAAUGUUGUUCGGGCUUUGUUGUGCUGUGUGUUUAAAAUAAUGAUAGGUAAAAAAUGUCUUGUGUCGGAUGUGACUGUGAUAUGCAAACAUUGUUAUUCUCGCAAAAAUAACGUUAAAAAGAAUAAGGGAAGUACUUUUAUUUGAACGAAAACGGGUACUAAAUCAUAACGGCAAGCCUUCUUUGAGAGAAAAAAUAUGUUCAGGGACUUUUACAUUCCAGACGUUGUUAGAGUAACAUAUACAGAGGAAUAGGAAUGUCUUGAUAUAUGUACAAUGUGACGUUUUGACAAAAUAUUCAUAUUUCUCUGUGGAUCUCAGAUGAUCUGAGAUCCUGCAGGAUCAUUUUCUUUUGGUUCCAUCAUUUUGUAAAAUGUAUUUAUUUCUGAACACUGCCUUUUCUUUUUAGUAUUUCUAGCUGUGUUAUUAUCAUAUUUAUUAAUUAAAGUAUGUGAACUUUUGAACUUGUAUGUGUACAAUUUGCAUUUGUUACAUUGAUGGUUGUGUGUUCCUGCAUGGACUGCAGAUCAUGGUCAUCUCUUCUCCUUGUUUGAGAUAAGUGUUUUUAUACAAAAUACAUUUAAUAAACUAUA